AUGUAUGCAGCCUUUGGUGUGUCUACACCAAGGCCGGCCAAGUCACCAGUGCCGCACCACCGUGCAUCGCUGCCUCCCAGCCGGGAGCACGGUGGCGCGGCAUGGGAGGUCAAGCGCGCGGCGUAUUCCUCGCUGAAGUCACUGGCGUCUAUUCGUAUCAGUGUUGUCGAGGAACAGGAGGGAAUUAGUGUGCUGUCUCCGCGCUUCCCCAACUAUGCCGUCGCCCGGCUCGCAUCGACCGUCGCCGCCAAGGCCGCCACCAAGCUCGCCAUGCUGCUGAUCCUUACUCUGGCCGCCGCUAUGCUCGCCGUGCUGCUGUCGCCCAUGCCGGCCGCCGCCAUGCUCGUCAUGCUGCUCUCGCUGCCCCGCUACCGCUACGCUCGCCGUGACGCUGUGACCGGGCUCACCGGAAUGCUGCCCGACGUUCGCACUCGCCGCCGCCGCCAUGCUCGCUGUUCAUCUGUCGCCUACGCCGCCACUAUGCUUGCCGCAGCUAUGCUCGCCGUACAGCAGUCGCUGCUCCGGAAGCGCCGAGUAGGCAGCGGGCGCGACGCCCAACCGCCCCGGAAGGCGCGAAGAAAAGCAGCGAGGACAGUGAACUCCGAGGCAUCUGACGACGAGUUUGAAGUCGAGAAGAUCAUCGAGAUGAAGUUCGUGCGUGGAGAGCCCAAGUAA